AUGGAGAGGUGCUUUGGUAUCCUCCAAGCUUGGUGGGCAAUCAUUAGGGGUGCGGCGCGUAUGUUUGAUGAGGAGGUGUUGAGGAGUAUAAUGAUGACAUGCAUCAUCCUUCUUAACAUGAUUGUGGAGGAUGAGCAUGAUUACGAAGCUAAAGAGGUGUACGAACCUGAUCCCAUGAACACUGCCUUGACCCAAAUUUAUGAAAAACCAAUGGGGCCAAAUGGAGGACCAGUGGAGCAUGAACCGUUGGUUAGAAAUGGUCUUUUCAUGCACCGUAUGAUUGAUCGAUAUACGGAGAUGCAAUCUUCAUAUAUUCAUGAACGCCGUCAAGUUGACUUAAUGGAGCAUUUAUGGGCGGUGAAAGGCAAUGACGGUGAAUAA